AUGUUCAAUUGGUGGAAUGAUACCAGUCUAUGGCUUGAUUCUGUUGAAGCCAAAGAUCAAGUGGGACUUCUUGCUUACAUUUGUUGGAAUCUUUGGAAUUCUAGGAAUCGAUUUAUCUUCGAAAACAAAAAUGAAGAUCCUGUCUCCAUUUGGAUGAAAGCCAUGAGGGAAGCUAUAGAAUUUAACCAACGAGGGUCAGCCCCUGCUCCAAAUUCAGUUAAAAUCAACUGUGACGCAUCUUGGAACCCCUCAAACCAAACAGCGGGAAUUGCAACAGUUGCUAGAGACAGUUUUGGGAAAAUCAUCCAGGGCCUGAAUGCUUGUGUUCAAGUGUCCUCUGUUCGGGUUGCUGAAGCGUUGGCGGUACGUUCGGGAGCUGUUUUGGCCGUUCACCGACAAUGGUCAAAUGUUGCUUUGGAAUCGGAUAACAAAGAACUUAUGACCUCACUUGAAGCGGAUCUCGACAACUGUUGGGGAUCAAAGGCUAUUGAAGCUGAUAUAAAAUCUUUAUUAGCCUCUGUUAAUUAUGUUUUCAGUUUUAUCUCUAAAUCAGGGGUUGCAAAGAUGACUCGAACUUUAGCAUGCCCUUUUGAUUGGGUUUUGUUUCCACCUGCUGGUCUUGCUCGACUUGUGAGCAAUGAUUCUGUUUCUUUCUAA